UGCUACUGCUUGUAGUCUUAGUGGUGGUAGUAGUAGUAGUGCUAGUGGUGGUACUGCUGCUGCUGCUCGUAGUAGUAGUAGUGGUCGUGGUGGUCGGUAUUGCUGA